AUGGAUUUGUCACGAAAACUCACGAACCCAAAUCCUCAGCGCUUGCCUCCCCCAGCCCUUUUCCAGGGCCCACCAUCACACAAUGCCUCUAAUAUCUCCUUAUCCGUACCACCUGCAGCCUCGACGUUAGCAACUGCCUCUGGCAGCCAACCUCCACCACUGCAUCGAAACCGGUCACCUCGCAGCGCGGGGGGUGAAAAACUGGAAAAAUCCAGUUUGUUAUCACCUUUAAUAUCGCGCCGUCCCUCCAAUAAUGAUGUAGACGGAUCCGACGCCAUAUGGCAGGAGAUGCAGAGCGCUCUGUCAGAAGUGGAACUCAGCGCCGUGACAAGCGAGAAUGUCUUUGGUGCAAAGCACUCUGAAGCAUUGGAAGAUCUACGCAUGAAACAAUUAAAGCUUGCUCAAGCCUGGGCACGCAGUGAGGCAGACGAUGAAGUCGUGGAUCCUGGUCACAGCGGCGCCGAUAAAACCAGUGGAAAAGUCAGCUCGACGCGGGGAGGUGUUGGAGAGUCGAAUCACCAGUAUGAUACAGCAACAGAAGCUAGCGCAGGCCGCGGGGAGGUGUCGCACCACACGUUGGAUGAGGAGACCGAGAAAGACAUCCGUCUUGCGCGAAAGCGCCGUGAGGCUAAUGACCGGUACUUUGAUCGGGUCAAUCAGGGCGUUCUGGAUGUCGUUGCUAAACUGGAAGAGGUGGCCCAGGCUAUGCGCACCGUUGAACGGGAAAGCAAGGAUAUCUGGAGUGAUUCGGAGAGUGCCACGACAACUGCGCCGUCGUCAACAACUCAUACGAGUUGA